AUGGUGUCAGCACCUCUUCUACACUGCAACGGCGAUUGCGUGGCAAUCAGGUUGUAUGAUAAGCCCGACGAUUUAGAGGAUCUUCGAUGGCUGGUCAGCUGCGACGACUCCAUCGGUGUUUCAACCAGUAUCAGCACGUUAUUCUUAGACGAUCCAAUAGAUUGGGACACCGCGACCGAAACCGCGACCGAAACCUCGACCGAAACCACGACAACUACAAGCGAGUCAUCGACCUCUGAGUCUGUGGGCGAAUCUUCAACGGACAUCGAGAUCAGCUCAUUCACCACAUUUCCGUCAAGUACAUCGGAACCAGAGGAGCCAGAGAGUCCUACCAAUGGAGAGACCAAAGGCAGUGAUGGGCCUAGUGGAGGUGUCAUUGCUGGUGCUGUCGUCGGUUCAAUCGCAGGCGUAGCCCUCAUUGUCGGUGUCGUCAUCUUAGCUUUCAGGAUGGGAAGAAGAAGCCGAGACGAUGGCGAAAGGCCAGGUGGCGGCAUCAGAGAUUCAUUGAGGUCUGUACCAAUGCCAACUAGGGCCUUCCAAGAACCCGAGCCCAAGCCACCUGUUCCGGUCAUCCAGCCAGUAUUUGUACAAGAUAGCCAACCAUACCACAAUAAUAGUGAGAAAUAG